AGUAUUUGAAGACUGAAAACACAAACUGUCUAAUGUAUGCUUUGUAAUUGUAUAUAAUUGACAUUUACCAUUAUGUCGCUUGAUGGUUACAUUUGCACAUUAUACCGCUUAUAUUAUUGUUCUAGGUGUUACACAAAAAUUGCUAAUAUUAUUGUGAUUUUUUUAAUUAUAUGCCCGCGGUUCUGUUUGCUUAGAAUAGACGGAAACAUCGAAACUCACGAAAUUGGGAGGUCAUGCGUUGAAUUCACCAUAACACAGACGCAGUCGUGAAAUUAUAUUUACAUAUUCUGAUAUCUAUUCUCUUUUGUAGAAACUACACAACAGUCCAGAUAAUCAGGAAAAUAAACUUCGAUGAUUGAUAAUUAUACACACGAAAAUAAUAACAUAAUUUACGUCAUCGAAAGCAUUCCAGGUCCCAAGGAAUCAAGUCAAGAGUAUGACGAGAUAAUCAAUAACUUCAACUCUCAAUUAACUGACCAUUGUCUGUGUCAGCAGUCUUGUUUAAAAAAUGAAUGCAGAUGCCUUGAAAAGUUAAAGACUACUAAUUAUGUACCAUACAUUAAAAAUAAGCAUAUGUCGGUAUUGAAUUUAGAUAAUGGAGAGCUUUCCUCCAAUAUUAUUAUAGAAUGUAAUGAUCUCUGUUCAUGUUCAAAUGAAUGUGGUAACCGUGUUGUCCAAAAAGGGCCCAUUGAAGGUUUAAAUAUUAAAAAAUGUCAAGACGAGGCCAAAGGGUUGGGACUUUUCUCAGAAUGUCACUUACCUAAAGGAAUGUUUGUCUGUGAAUAUGCAGGUGAAGUAAUAACAAAAUCGGAAGCCAUUAUGAGACAUCAAAUGAAUGCAGCACAAAAUAAAAUGAAUUAUAUACUGUGUCUACAAGAACACAGUGCGGGCAAUUUACUUCAGUGGUUUGUAGAUCCUAGUAAAUUUGGAAACAUUGGUAGAUACAUUAAUCAUAGUUGUGAACCCAAUUGCUGUAUAAUACCAGUAAGAGUAAACACACCUAUACCAAAACUUGCUAUAUUCACCUGCUCAGAUAUAUUACCCAAUACAGAAAUAACUUUUGAUUAUGGAUCUUUCAAUAAUGAUAAUAUUUCAGAAAAUAUAAACCGAAGCAAAUGUUUAUGUAAUAGUAAGAAUUGCAUGGAAUGGAUGCCCUACCAUGUUUAUUAAUGUAAUAAUAACAAAUGCUUGGUUUGGUACGUUUUGGUUUCUUAUUAUAAACAUAAAUGAUAUGCAGUUUAAUUGAAAAUUAUGAAAGCAACCAUUGUGAAGUACAUUAACAUUUAUAGAUUUUUUUGCAGGCAUGGAAUAAAAAAAAACUUAU